GGUGUCUCCGCCACGAGUCCUAAUCAAUGACUGGUUGAAUUAACGAUCGUUGGCGCCACCGCUUUUUAUGACUCACACAUAAAUAAAACCGUGCAAAGCUCGUGUGAAGGCAAAAGCGAAGAUUUCCCCGAGGUGACAACAGAUCCAAACAUGGUGUCUAGGUUGUUCUUUGCUCUUUUAGUUCUGUCUGUGAUAUUAGAGUUCUCAAGUCGAUGUGAAGCUCAGAGCGGAAGAUAUAUAUGCAUGUUCAUGACGUGUAAGCGUGAGGUAUGUCACAUGACGAAAGUAGAGUUUUUAAGGCUCUUUUUAACUGUUGUAGAUGCGUGAUUCUUCUAGUCUUCACAAUUUCUGAGCUAGUAGCUCACCCAUCCAGUUCGCCCUAACUAAAUAAUACGCCAUUUUUUUUACUGAAAAUUGUAAACACGGUUGAUCUACUAUGCCAUCGCUCUACUAGAAUAUUAGACAGGGCAAAGAUUAACUUAUACCUAAAACAGCAAACGAAAAAAAUUAUUUUCUUCAGCCUGGUUUGAACUAAUAUUUACAUAAGGAUUGAGAUAAACGUUUGCGGUCGCCUGAUCUCUGACUUUUGUUGUUUUUCUUCCAGGAGUUGGAGAAUCCUCAGGCCUCAUUGGCCGAUGAUAACCCAGUCCCUUUGAACGAGUACAGACGAAAUAAGCUGAUGCGAUUAUCAAAACUGCUUCACGAAAAACGAAACUUAUUUGACGAUGUUCAGUCAGAUGAGCGAUGAUGAUGGAUCUUCCAUAACAGAAACUUACAUGCGUAUCUUAAUUUGA